CAAACACAAGCGCAAGAGCGGCGGCGGCGGCCUUCCUCAUUGUGCUCGCAUGCACCUCGCUCAUGCGCUUCCUGUUUGCGUCGAGAAGCAGCAGCGAGCGGCGCGCGUGUUAGUCUGUCACUCGGGCAUGCGCGAGGCCGUCGGACGCCGCUGAGCCCGGAGACCGGCGGGACUCUCGAGACGCUGCCACGCGAUGGAUGCCCGGCGCUAGAUUGCGGAGCCCGAGGCAACAUGCAGCAAACCUCUUGCACCGAGGACAGGAUCCGCCACGCUCUGGACCGGUGUCUGGAUGGGCUGAGACAAAGUCCGACAGCUGCGCACCGCUGGGAUGUGCUGCUGUGCGCCACGGGCCAGUCCAUGAACCGCUGGAGCCUGGAGGAGCUGGUCAAGAGGGAUCCCGACAACUCCAUCAUCCUCUUGGAGCAGAUCCUGAGGAAGACCAGGGAGGUUCAGGAGAGGUGUCAGUAUGAGCUGGUGGCGCCACUUGCCGUCAUGUUCACCUCCACGCUGCUGCAGACGCCGUACUGUCCUCCGGAGACGGAGCUCCUGGAGAGGGCGUCGGAGGUGUUCGGCGCCUUCCUCACGUGGCCCGAGCCGUACUGCGCCGUGUGCCGAAACCUGCUGGCCACGCUGCAGCUGGAGAUCAAGGCCCCCGGGAUUUCCUUUCAGAGGCUGGUGAGAGAAGAGCAGGACCUGCGCACCAGUUGUCACUCCUCCAAGACCUUGACGGUUCUGCUGCUGAACCCGAGCGAGGUGCCCGCUGACUUCCUGUCGGUGGCCGAGCAGCUGAGUGGCGUGCAGCACUCGGAAAAAGGAGUCUACGUCACCCUCAUCAAGCACGCCUUCCAGUCGGCGCUUGGGACCAAGUAUCCCCUCUGCAAAAUCCACACAGCAUUGCAAGCCAAAGAUGUCGACGAACUGGGGGAGUUGUUCUCCGCGGUCAGUGACGCGUUCGAGACAGCGGCCGCCAUGAGCGAUCCGCCAAAGGGGCGCGCUCACGUCAUCCGAGAACUGGAGGGACUGAGGGAGAGGCUGAGCGUCCCCGCAUCCGACGGAAAGAAUUCCGACGGGAUGCUGCAGACGCUCCCGGUCCCCACAGCCAAGUGUCAAAUGUUUCAGUGGGAAAAAGAUAACUUUGAUGUCCUGAACACCCUUUUGGAGGACAAAAAUCAGGAUUCGUCCACCAGGGGGCGGCCUAAAGAGGAUGAGGACAAGGUGGACAUCGAGGACGACGAAGGCCACGACACUUUGUCCGCGGUGUCCGAGUCCUACGCUCCCUCGUGCAACUCCGGAGCGGACAGUGACUUUUUUGAGGACUCGGACGACUCCGUCGGCACGCCCAAGUGCGCCAGGUCUCCGGCUCGCCUCAGCCAGCACCUGUACUGCCUCCUCCGGAAGUUGAACCGCACCAAAAGUUUGGGAUACACGGAAUCCAGAGACUUCUCUUGGGGACGGGAGAUCCGUUCCAACUCGCUCCCCCACCACGUGCACCUCCGCAGUCCCGAGCCCGCCGCCUCCCAGGCGGUGCAGAAUCCGACGGUCCGACAGGUCUGCUUCAGGAGGCGGCCCAUCCUCAGCUGCGACGAGGACGAGACGGGCGCCACGCUGAGGGUGGUGGUGUUCGGCGCCGACCACGUCGCCGGCAAGGUGGCGCGGGCCUACUGCGGCCUGAGGCAAAAAGAGAACGCUUGUCCCCGUCUCAGCCGGGCCUUCAAAAUUCAGUUCUACUUUGUGCCCGUCAAGAGAGACUCAGGGGCGGGACAAGCUUGUGUCACCUCUUCCGGUCCCAAAGGAACCAAUGAUGUCGCCAGCCUUAACGGAGCGGAGGACAGCACGAAUGACAUCGCUCACCUCCUCGGGAUGCUGGAUCCCUGGUACGAAAGGAACACGCUCAGCCUGCUGAAGUUGCCCGCCAACAUCGUCUGUCAGCAAACAUCCAAGACAGAGUCGGAGUCUUACGACAGCUCAUACGAACAACGGCUGCCCAUUCUGGCUGACCUGCUCCUGUAUUAUUGUCGUUUUGCUGCACGGCCUGCUCUGAUCCAACUCUACCAAGCUGAGUUGACGUUCGCCAGCGGAGAGAGACGGACGGAGGUGUUCGUCCAUUCCUUGGAGUUGGGUCACGCUGCAGGGACCAGAGCCAUCAAGGCUAUGGGCACUGCCAGCAAGCGCUUUGGUAUCGAUGGCGACCGAGAAGCUGUCCCUCUCACGCUUGACAUUAUGUAUAAUAGGGUGGUGAUUAGUGGGAGGAGUCAGUGCAAAAGAGAAUCCAAAAUGUGCACUUCUGUGAAUUUGACCAAGGCCUGCAAGAAUCCUGAAGACCUAGACUCGCAGCUGGAGUGCCUGCAGCUCAGCAUGACGGAAGUUCUAAAGAGACAGAACGGGAAAGGCAAGAAGAGCUUCAACAUGCAACUGAGUUUGACAGAAGUGAAGGUGGACAAGGUGCAAAUCGGCGGCGCUGCAGACACGACCUUCGCCGUAUGUCUGGACCAGGAUGAGAAGAAGGUACUGCAAAGUGUCAUCAGGUGCGACAUCUCCGUGUGCUCCAAAGAAGACGGCGCCACGGGCUGGAGGCGGCGACGGGCCGAGACGUCGGCCCAGAUUCAGCCCCCGCACCCGACUUUCUGCUCCCUCCUCUGUCUGCCCAUUGUCACCUUCAGUGGCGCCCCACCGUGACCCUGAUGACCUUUCCUUUCAAGGACUAAAAACAAACACAGACUCAAUUAUAAAGACUUGAUCCAUGAAUUCUUUUCUUAACCAGACACAACUCAACGGAGGUAAAACUGUAAAGACAAACGCACAAAGAGUGCGACUGAAAUGUGUGCAAUGGAGUACAGUAUAUGAAAAAUGCUGUAUGUUUAAUUUAAUGUUGCCUUUUUGAUAAGGCCGCAUCCGUUUUGUAUGUGCUGUCGAUUUUGGUAGUCGAAUUUCCCCCAAGGCCCGAGAGUUAAAUGAAACUGUGUAUAAAUAUGACCAACAGAGGGCGGUGUUGUCACAAAUUUGGUGAACUUCAGGAAGUGGCGAAUAAUACUGUAUUUUUAUCUUGAUUUGUUUUGUAUAUAUUACUUUUUUUAAAUUGGACAGGCAUUUGUGUUUUUUUUUUUUUUUACAUUUGUAUUUGAACUCAUGUUUUGCACUUUCUAUAUGAAAAAUGACCUUUUAGACAAUGUAAUGUCCUUGUUUCUUCCUGGUUGAGGAAAAUGUACAGCUAAUUCGUCAGAUUAAAAUUAUUUUAUUGCAGAAAAAAAAUGAAGCAUGAUCAAAAAAUGCUUAACGGAACUAAUGGUACUUUUUAGAUAAGGAAACGUGUUUUGUAAUAUGUGAAUUUUUAUCAUCGCUUUUUUUCACUUUAUGUAUUUUGUAUAUAUACGUACAAAAUAUUAAAUUUCAAAUCCUG